AUGUAUGUAGCCGACGUCAGAAAUAUGGUAGCCGAUAUCUCAAAUUGGCCAGGCCCAACCAUAGGUAUUGAGGAUGCGGCUGCCUUCAACAUCCAGCGAAGAAUGGUUGGGCACAAUUAUUCUUGCCGAAAGCUUGUCCCACUUCGCACAUUCUUGGAUUGUUUAAUUUGGCGAGAGAGUACGCGUCUUUUACCACAGCGCCGGCCGGAUCUUCUUGGCGAUAAGAAUAUCAAUGUCAUCGUCCCAGGGAAUGAUGGCAUGGUGCCGAAAAGAUCCAAGCAGUGUGCCAGCGUGGAUCAUUCACCUGUCACUGAAACCAAGCUCCUCCAUGACAUUUGA